AUGAAUAUCGAACUAACCAGACUUGCUGUCGAUCCAAACGGGUGGAGAAUCAACUGUUGUUCAUUUCAGCAGGAUGCUAUCAUGACAUAUAACGGUUUCCAGUAUGUGGUUUUAUACCAACCAAAAGACCAAACUGAUCCUGAUGGGCCCAGGGUUACUUCAAUUGGAAGAAGAAACCCCAAAACAAAACUGCCGUGGAGUUUCAUAAUUUUCAAAGAUUACAUUCAAACUAAAGAUGAUGGCCACAAUAUAAUAUCUUUGGGAAUCAGUGGAGAUGGAAUCAUUCAUAUGGCUUGGGACAUGCAUGGCGAUGAGAUACAUUAUAGACAGUCUAAAGUGGAUGUAGCCAACAAUCCCCUUAAGCUUGAAUGGACCACGGAUUUAUUUGGUCCAGUAUUGACAGAACUUGAAGGUGAAAACAUGGCCUUUCAAUUUGGGGAAAUAACCUAUCCUAGGUUUCAAACCUUGGAAAGUGGAGAUUUGCUCUUGGAAUUCAGAUCGGGAAGAUCAGGUCUUGGUGACUGUUGUAUAUAUCGCUUCAGCAGAGAUACACACAAGUGGAGCGAGAUUGGCAUUUACAUCAAAGGAGUUGAAAAUAAUGCAUAUUUGCAUGGGUUUGACUAUAAGAACAAAAUUCUACAUGUUACUUGGACUUACAGAGAUUAUGUUGAUGAUAGAAGUGAUGACAAAACAACUCUGCAAGCUGGACCCAAUGGUCCCGAAAAUAACCAUGAUCUCCACUACAUGUAUUCUGUAGAUGAAAGGAGUCACCUGGUACAAUUCUGUAGGGAAGAAAUUGUCCGUUCCAGUUGA